GCGACGACUGCGGACACUUGUGAGGUGGGACGGUAAACAUCACUUAUAAAUGGUGCUCUUCGCAGCGUCAGUUUCGUUCUGACCUGGAAGGCAGCUGUGAGUGUGAACUCCGAAGAAACUCCAUGGACUCUGCUCUUACUCUGUUUGAUCAGUCUCUUUUCUAAGUUGUCUUAUUCUGCUUCUUCUUCUUCUUUCAUCUUCUCCUCCAUAAAAGCAGAGUCAAGGGGUUCUCUGCUUGUGGUUUCGGUGAACUUUGAAAUACUUGAAAGCGAGAUUGGAAUUAGAGGAAGAUGGGAACUGUCUCUGCUUCGAGAUUGCUAGCUGUUCUUUGCUUCUUCUUAUUUCUGGGUUUGAUCAAAUGCAGCGUCACCUACGAUAGGAAGGCGAUAGUAAUCAAUGGCCAAAGGAGAAUCCUCUUUUCCGGCUCCAUACAUUACCCGAGAAGCACUCCUGAUAUGUGGGAAGAUCUGAUACAGAAGGCUAAAGAUGGAGGCCUUGACGUGGUCGAGACCUACGUUUUCUGGAACCUUCACGAGCCAUCUCCUGGCAAUUAUAAUUUCGAAGGGAGAUAUGAUCUUGUGAGAUUUAUAAAGAUUAUCCAGAAAGCAGGGCUUUAUACUCAUCUUCGCAUUGGACCUUAUGUUUGUGCUGAGUGGAAUUUCGGAGGUUUUCCGGUUUGGCUGAAGUAUGUCCCUGGAAUCAGCUUUAGAACAGACAAUGAGCCUUUCAAGAGAGCUAUGCAAGGGUUCACAGAGAAGAUUGUGGGACUGAUGAAGAGUGAAAACUUGUUUGAGUCCCAGGGUGGCCCCAUUAUCCUCUCUCAGAUUGAGAAUGAGUACGGGAAACAGAGCAAGUUAUUAGGCGCCGAUGGAUAUAAUUAUAUGAGUUGGGCAGCAAAAAUGGCUGUUGAAACAGGAACAGGUGUCCCCUGGGUCAUGUGCAAAGAAGACGAUGCACCAGAUCCGGUGAUAAACACGUGCAAUGGUUUUUACUGUGAAGCAUUCUCUCCUAACAAACCUUACAAGCCCAAGAUCUGGACGGAGGCAUGGAGUGGCUGGUUCACAGACUUUGGUGGCCCCAUCCACCAGCGGCCAGUUCAGGAUCUUGCAUUUGCAGUUGCUAAGUUCAUACAAAAAGGAGGGUCCUUUGUCAACUAUUACAUGUAUCAUGGAGGGACUAACUUUGGACGAACAGCCGGAGGUCCUUUCAUCACCACCAGCUAUGACUAUGACGCUCCAAUAGAUGAAUAUGGUUUGAUCAGGCAACCAAAAUAUGGUCACCUCAAGGAGCUUCACAAGGCAAUUAAAAUGUGUGAGCGAGCCCUAGUUUCAGCUGAUCCUAUUAUUACUUCAUUAGGAAACUUUCAACAGGCUCAUGUUUACACUUCAGAAUCAGGAGACUGUGCAGCUUUUCUCUCAAACUAUGAUACUAAAUCUGCUGCAAGAGUGAUGUUCAAUAACAUGCAUUAUAAUUUGCCUCCCUGGUCCAUCAGUAUUCUUCCUGACUGCAGAAAUGUAGUUUUUAAUACUGCAAAGGUUGGUGUCCAGACAUCAAACAUGGAAAUGUUACCUACCAGCUCUCAGAUGUUCUCAUGGGAGACCUAUGAUGAGGACGUUUCUUCUCUGGAUGAGAGCUCAACAUUUACUGCUUCUGGUCUCCUGGAGCAGGUAAAUGUUACAAGGGAUGCAAGUGACUAUCUUUGGUACAUUACCAGUGUUGAUAUUAGUUCCUCUGAGUCAUUCCUGCAUGGAAAAGAACUACCAACUCUCCUUGUUCAAUCAACAGGACAUGCUUUGCAUGUCUUUAUUAACGGGCAGCUUUCAGGUUCUGCUUUUGGGACGAGGGAGAGAAGGAGAUUCACAUAUACUGGGAAGGUCAAUUUGCAUGCUGGAACAAACAGAAUUGCUCUGCUGAGUGUUGCCGUUGGAUUGCCGAAUGUUGGAGGACACUUUGAGUCAUGGAACACAGGAAUUCUUGGUCCAGUUGCAUUGCAUGGACUUAACCAGGGAAAAUGGGAUCUAUCCUGGCAGAAGUGGACUUACCAGGUUGGCCUCAAAGGAGAGGCUAUGAACCUUGUCUCUCCAAAUGGCAUGUCCUCAGUAGAAUGGAUCGCGGGAUCACUGGCAGUGCAGAAACAGCAACCAUUGACCUGGCAUAAGGCUUAUUUUGAUGCACCAGAAGGAGAUGAGCCAUUGGCUUUGGACAUGGAUGGUAUGGGAAAAGGUGAAAUAUGGAUUAAUGGACAGAGCAUAGGAAGAUAUUGGACAGCAUACGCUAGCGGUACCUGCAAUGGCUGCAGUUAUGCUGGGACAUUUCGACCUACCAAGUGUCAAGCUGGUUGUGGCCAGCCUACUCAACAAUGGUACCAUGUGCCCAGGUCUUGGCUGAAGCCAACUCAAAAUCUGUUGGUCAUCUUCGAGGAACUCGGAGGGGAUCCCUCAAGAAUUUCUCUGGUGAAGAGAUCGGUUGCUAGUGUCUGUGCUGAAGUCUCUGAGUUCCACCCAACCAUUAAAAACUGGCACAUUGAGAGCUAUGGAAGGGCAGAAGAAUUGCACCGGCCAAAAGUUCACUUGCGGUGUAGUCCUGGACAGGCCAUUUCUUCAAUUAAAUUUGCAAGCUUUGGCACCCCUCUAGGAACUUGUGGGAGUUACCAGCAAGGACCUUGCCAUGCUUCUACCUCAUAUGCCAUACUAGAGAAGAAGUGUGUAGGUAAGCAAAGAUGCGCCGUGACCAUAGCCAACAGCAACUUUGGCCAAGACCCAUGUCCCAACAUCCUCAAGCGGUUAUCAGUGGAAGCUGUCUGUGCUCCAGUGACUUACACAAAUAAUUGGAAGGGUUAAGGAGGCCAAAAUACAGAUAAAAACACUCUUUUCUUCAUAUAUAUUCACGUGAAGUAAGUUAACCGUACACAACCGGCAUGUGAAGCGAAAAAAACAGAACCAAAACUAGAAUAGAGGAAGUUGUUUUUUUACAUUUGGAAAGUAAAGUAGAUAGGAGGUUAUUACCUUUGAAUUGGGGGAGAAGGUAAUGACCAAAUUGUUUUAGACGAGAGCUGAGUAGAAAUCUUGUAAAGUAGUGACUGUAGGGUGAAAUGGUAAAUUCAUGGAGUCCUACAACUUGGGGCUCUGAGGUGAACUUGAAGCUCCUGGCCUCUGCCUUUUAACCGGAAUCCGGGAAGUGUCUCAGAUUUGGUAUUGUGUUUUAAUUUUGUUCUUUUCAAAAUUUUAGAGAUGUACAGGGGAAGAGUUAAAAAAGCUUCCUUUGUAUAUUUAUGUCCAUGUUAGGAGUGGAUCCUACUCAUCCUUAUGUUUUUAAUCUUGCAGUUUCUGAUGAUGAAAAGUUCAAAUUUAUUUUUCCA